UACCAGCUAGCUAACGUUAGCCAUGCUACCUAUCUAGCUUGUAUUAACACGAAAACUACUGGAAUAAUAACAACAAACAAACAAAAACGCUGUUUAAUUCCAUCUAUUUAACUCGUAAAAUGUACCACUUGAAUCGUCGACUUUUGGUUGACAAACCGUUUUUAAGUUAGUGAGUUUGGUUGCUAACCAGCUAGCUAACGUUAGCCAUGCUACCUAUCUAGCUUGUAUUAACACGAAAACUACUGGAAUAAUACCAACAACAACACCCAAACAAACAAAAACGGUGUUUAAUUCCAUCAAUUUAACUCGUCAAAAAAAAAAUUGAAUCGUCGACUUUUGGUUGACAAACCGUUUAUAAGUUAGUGAGUUUGGUUGCUAAGUGGUUAGCCUAGCCUAGCCACAUCACAACAUAACCACUUGACAGCCUGCCAGCUAACUAACUACCGUAAAGACGGUUACCGGUCUCACUUCUACAAACUUAACAGUUAUGGAAGAUAAAUAACCAACUCCAAAUGUAACCUUUUUAAUUAUAUUUAAACUAAAAAUUUUAAUUAAAAAUGUCAGCCAGUGGUUUCUCCGACUUGAGGGAAAAGCUGAAGUCCAUGACUCCUCACCGGGACAAUUAUAAAAACAGAGUUACCGGUAAGGACGACAGUUACAAAAACAGAAAAGUUAAAGUUACCGACGGAGGUAACAGUAACAGUAACGGGAACGGCCGGAAGCGGAAGCACCGAGAUUCCUCCGAGGAUGAGGUGGAACACAGUGAUCCUGCGGAGUCCCGUGAACAGGAGGCGAGGCGUGUCCAGAGUGGCAUUGUUCAGGUAGAGGUCUUCUCUAAAGAGGACUGUGACGUCAUCGAGGGUAAGAUAAAUGAGGUGGUUGCUAACGGAGAAGCGGGGCUUUACCGGGAACACACCGUAGAUCGGGCACCGCUACGGAACAAAUAUUUCUUUGGAGAGGGCUAUACAUACGGGGCCCAGCUAGAGAAGAGAGGACCUGGUCAGGAGAGAUUGUACCCUAAAGGAGAGGUGGACGACAUCCCGACCUGGGUUCACGACCUCGUCAUCACUAAACUGGUCGCCAGCGGGGUCGUACCUGAAGGUUUUGUGAACUCGGCGGUGAUCAACGACUACCAGCCAGGCGGCUGCAUCGUGUCGCACGUCGACCCGCUUCACAUCUUCGCCCGGCCGAUCGUAUCCGUGUCCUUCUUCUCGGACUCGGCCCUCUGCUUCGGCUGCCGCUUCCAGUUUAAACCAAUCAGAGUGUCCGAGCCCGUCCUGGAGCUUCCUGUCAGGAGAGGAAGUGUUACUGUCCUCAGUGGCUACGCGGCUGAUGACAUCACCCACUGUAUCCGCCCCCAGGACAUCAAGGAGAGACGGGCCGUCAUCAUCCUCAGGAAGACGAGGCCGGACGCCCCCCGUGUAGACCAGAGCCCCUCCCCUAACCCCUCCCCCCCUGAGAGACACACUCCUCUGAAGGCCAAACGCUCUCACCGCAGAGCUGACCCAGACGCUGCACACAGACCGAGGGUUCUGGAGAUGGAUAAAGAGGAGAAUCGUCACUCUUCCUCUUCGUCCCGCCUUCAUCGCCGUAGCAACAGCUCCGAGAACUACCGGAGGCGGAGCCAAGACGGCGACGGGUCACGCAAGGUCAAGAUGAGACGUCACUGAAACACACCUGGCGGAUUGGAUGGCCUCAGAGAGAGAGAGAGAGAGAGAGAGAGAGAGAGUGUGUGUGUGUGUGUGUGAGAGGGCGUUGGAACGUCACUCUGUUAAAUCCCCCCCCUGCAUGCUAGGAUGGAUGGAACACGCCACGAGGCUAUCAGCCAAUCAGAGACUGACCUGAGGACAUGGGGUGGGGUUUACAGUAAGACUGUGGGAAGUUCUGUUGUUGCCGUGCCGACCACCCCGUUCCCCCCCCCCCCCACUUCCUCUGUGGAGAGGAGAGGAAAUGGUGUUUCUAUAGGAACUUCCUCCUCCAUGCUUCAUUGGUCAAAGACCCUAUGGGGAAAUUAAAGGGUGUUUCUGUAGGAA